UGCGACCCUUUUUAUAAGCACGCGCGUGCACGCGCCCGCGAUGUGGGCGUGGCGUAGCUAGAAGCUGAGCCGAGGGCUGUUUCUCGGUUUCUCGGUUUCUCCUGGCUUGUGGCCGUCUCUAUCUCUCUGACUCGGGCACAUUGCACACCGUGGAGACGGAGUAGAGGGGGAAUUGGUAGCAGAGAUGGUGUUCGAGUCGGUUCUGGUGGACAUCCUCAACCGCUACCUGCGGCCCUACGUCAAAAGACUCGAUCCCUCGCAAAUCAAAGUGGGCGUCUGGAAGGGUCAUGCCCACCUGGACAAGUUAGAGCUCAAAGAGGAUCUUUUUGAAGAGUUUGAUAUACCGGUGAGGAUCAAGAACAGCUAUAUUGGUAAAUUGGAACUGAAGAUUCCAUGGAAACACUUGACAAGGGAACCUCUCUAUGUGACUAUUGAUGAGGUGUACGUCGUGGUCGGCCCCAAUAUAGACACACAUUAUGAUGCCGAGAGAGACCAAAGAGGAUGAGGAGAGAAAAGGAGAAGAAGAUUGAAAAAUUUGAAGAAUCCGCCAAGAAAAAGAAGAAGAAAGAGAAAGAGGCGAAGAAGAGCAAAAAGCCAAGAAAGACAAGCCGGACACGUUCACAGAGAAACUGGUUACGAAUCUCCUGAAGAACAUGGAGGUCAAAGUCCGUGACAUUCACGUGCGGUACGAGGACUCGUCCGGGGCUGCCAGAACACUAGCAGCCGGUGUGACACUGCACAGCCUGGAGAUGAAGAGUGCCGAUGAGAAUUGGAAACCUUCAUUCGUGAGAGAUACUGCCACCCUCAUAUACAAGCUACUGGAGCUGAACUGUUUUGGAGUAUAUUGGAAUGCGUCAACGUCUGAAAUGGCCAGUCUACCUCAAGCCCAAAUGGUGGAGGAGAUGAGGGAAGCCAUAGCACGACCUGUUCUUGCCCCGCCCCCUUCAAUAGAGUACUUGCUGAAGCCGCUAUCAGCCGAUGCGAGACUGGGACUCAGCCUCAAGCCAGGCACCGACAUGACUAUCCCUCAGGUUGCUUUGGACGUGCAGUUGGACGAUAUUGUCGUGUGUCUCCACGAGGCUCAGUUCAAGAGCGUGCUGAAUACCGUGGAAACCUUUGACCGCCAUGCGGUGAACCUCAAGUUCCUCAAGUACCGACCAGUAGGGGUGGGGGUGAAGGAGGCCCCGAGACAAUGGUGGAGGUAUGCCAUCUCCGCCGUGACCAAGGAAGAGGUGAGGAGGAAGAUGGAGAUGUGGUCAUGGAAACACAUCCAGCAACACAGGCAGAGGUUCAAGUUGUAUCGCGACAAGUAUAGAGAGAGGAUGAAGAGUGUUAGUACUUCAUCCUCCCUACAGAAACAGAUUAAGGAGCUUGAGGAUCAACUGGAUUGGUUCAACAUUGUCAUUGCUCGAAGAGAAGCCAAGAAAGGGAAGACAAAGGUUGCUUCACUCAAGAAAGCUCCUCCCGUUGCCACGCCUCCACCGGUGACAUCAUCGCCUAUUCCGCCGGUACAGUCUGCGGUCCAACCAGUACCGUCGACUGCCGGUGAAGUGAAGAAAACAGCCGCAGCAUCCCAAGCCUCGGGACAAGAGGAGAAGAAGAAGAAGAAAGAGAAAAAGGGACUCUUUGCGAACUUUAGAAAGAAGCUGAAAUCGGGCGGUGGUGAGAAGAGUGAGGAGGUGAAGAGUGAGAGGGUGAGGGGAGACAAGGGCGGGAAGGGGACGACAGCGGGUGUUUCUGGCGCAGCGGACGUGUCUGGUGCAGCCGACGGGGGGAGUGAGGCAGAGAGAGAGGAGAGAGAGAGGCUGGAGCUCUACAAGGCCAUCGGCUACUCUGAGAACGAAGAGUAUGUGGAAUUCCCGAGAGAGUACGUGGCACACAAGAUUCAAGUGAGUCUGAAGUCUCUGUCGGUGGAGCUGUCGGGGAAGAAAGAGCUGGCAACUCUAGUAACAAACGGAGUAGUAGCCUCAGUUCUCAACAGGCCUUCUUCCAAGGCUGUCAGUGUGUCAGCCUCCGUGGCCGGCAUGGAGAUGAGGGGAAUCCCCCACCCCGAACUUGCCGAUGACCCCACCCUCAUUCUCUCCACGGUGACCUCUGACCUCUCGACCCCGCUUGUGACGUUGCAGCUGGAACUCAAUCCGCUGGAGAGUGAGUUUGACCUCGACCUCCGCGCCUCCCUCCGCCCCCUACAGAUCACUUAUGACGCUGACACGAUAGACGGCCUCAUUGGUGCAUUUCGAGUAAGAAAGAACAUACAUCUUCAAGAGUUGACAGGGGCUGCCUCGGCAACGGUGGAUGAGCUUCGUAACCAGACUAGCUCCGGCUUCCAAAAUGCCCUCAAGAGCAAGAAGCAAAUGAGGCUGGAUGUGACUCUCCAUUCGCCCUACCUGGUGGUACCACAGGGUGGUUACCUGAGCUCUGGGUCCAGUCUACUGGUGGUGGAUCUGGGAACGCUCUCCAUCGCCGGGAACACCAGGGGACAGUUGAAAGAUCAGUGCCCACUUCCUCAGAGCCCUGUUGGGGACCAGUUGGCUCGUUUCUACGACAACUUCACUCUCAAACUAGAAGGAAUGCAGGUUCUGGUCGCUAAACCAGGUGAUGAUUGGCAGCUGGCAAAGUCUCAGGGAGCAUCUUCCCUCCACAUCCUCAACCCAACCGGUCUACAGCUGCAGUUGAAACAGAGCAUCGUCAAGAAAGACGCAUAUCUGCCGAGUGUGAGGAUAGAGGGAGAUAUUCCAGGAUUUGAGGUGACAGUAUCGGACGAGAAGGUCGUGACGAUCCUCAAGAUUGUGACGUCAUUACAGCUGCCCCCUCCCUCUCUCGCCAACAACACCACUUACUAUGACGACAUACCGGCUCCUACCAUAGCCCGACCUGCCUCGCUGGUGGGUGUGGCCAAUGACAUCAUGGACACCAUGUCCCUCUCCAGCUACCUGGACGACGAUGAUGAUGAGGAGGAAGAGGAAGGGGUAGAGGAGACUUGUUCUCUCACUUCGCAACGUUCAAGGAGCACUUCACCACCAUCUGAAGGAGAUGACGACAGUAAAACCAUUGAGAGGAUUUUCACUGAUGCUCAGAUACAAGUGGUCAUAAGAAAGAUUGGUGUGAGACUGACGGAGGUAGUGAAAGGUGGCUCGGGUCAGAGGACUCUUGUCAGCGUGUCUGUGGAGGAGAUGAGAGCCGACGUAAUCGACCGCAGCUGGGACUCACAGGGCACCGUCACCAUUGGCAACGUCUCGGUACUGGACCACAUCUCGCUCGAUCCCGCAGGAGCUCCUACUGUACUACUGAAGACUAAAGGACUCAGUGAUGGAAAUUUCAUUACUGCCAAGUUUAUCACCGUGACGAAGGUGGGGAAAGCGUUUGCGGAGAAGUACACUGGAUUCAGUAACUCCGUGUCGGCCCAACUGUCACUGGUGGAGCUGAGUCUGCAGCGGGACACUCUGGCCUCUCUGCUGAGCAUGGGCACGAAGCUCAAGACUGCCAUUGACAGACCUCCAGUCAAGGGAACCAGCGAAGCCACACCCACUCCGACCACACCCCUUCCCGCACCUACUGAUAAUUCUCCAGCAAUCAAUCCCAACGAUUUUGAGAACAUUGCGGAGAAGAAGAAAGGGAAAGAGAUGAACUUUAACGCUCAAUUUGAGGGUAUAACCCUCCAAUUAGCUCACAAAACGCUGCAAGUCAUCUACACCAAUGUUUCAGGGUUCUCAGUGGAGGGCAAAGAUGGAGUUGGAGCACUCUUACUCACUGCAAGCAUGCAAGAUGUGCUUGUGGAGGACCCUCAAUCCAACCCUGACAACAAUAAGAUCGUCUCAAAAACCAACCCCGAAGAGAAAAUGAUCAACCUGACGGUGACUCAGUACAAGUUGUCUCCCAGAGAGAGAGCCCCCGAGGAUCUGGGCUGGACAGACACCGAUCUGCGGGCCGAGUUUCAGAGGGUCAAAGUACAAUUGAGCACAGCUUUCCUCGGCAGAAUUUUGGAUUUUGCAAAGGCCCUGAAGGUGGACCUGAAUGCCCUAAAACUGGCUGCACGGGCCACUGCUGAUACUGCCACCGCUGCUGCCGCAGCCAUCAGAGAAAGUGAGAAAACAGCUCAUAGAGUGAAACUGGACCUGACUCUCCACGCACCACUCAUUCUAUUGCCAUAUACCAUCAAGAACAGCCAAGGAAGCAUUGCUAUUGACCUUGGACGCUUCCAUGUUCACAACCGGUUUGUCCACGGAGAGUCCCUGCUUAGCCCGCUACAGACCAUCGGUGGUGGGCGGGGCCUGACCACAUUUGAUGUGAUGGAGAUACAGUCCACUGCCAUAGAGAUCCACAGGUCAUCUACCAGUGGGGCGGGCAUUAAACCAGGUCAAACCUCGUUGAAGAUCCUGGAGCCAGUGCAGUUCACGGCUACAAUCACACGUAACCUCGGGAAUCCUCUGCUAUCUCUACCCAACGUUGACAUCAACCUCCCCAUGGGCAUUGUCAAGUUUCAUCUCCACGAGGAGGACGUGAAGGCACUUAUCACCAUAGCUCUGUCGGCCACCAAAGUCACGCAGGUCCUCUCCCCAGACCAGCAACCAUCCACAGAUGUGAAGAAGGACGGUGGAAAAGGCUCCCCUCCCCUCCAGCGUCCCGGUGCGGUACCAGAUCCCGCCAAAUUGGCGAGGAUGGAAUCAGUGACUGAAGUAGUCGAGGUCAGAGUUAAAGCUAGUCUUCAUUUCAUAUCUCUCGACUUUGCCACAAGAAGAGGUCCACUCUUCAGUGCCAUAUCUUCAGAUGUGAUGGCUAGCGUCGGAGUAUACAAAGAAAUGGUGAAAGUGAAGGCCAGUGUCGACAGUCUGAGUGUGACGGACUCGAGCGGAGAAGACAAACUGAAGAAGAUUGUAUCUCUUGCCGAGGACACCGACAAGGCCUCCUCACUAGAGCUGAAACUGGACACGAGGUCAGAGCGAGGAUCUCUGGACCCACUGGGGGAGGUCAAGACACGAAUCGCUCAAGUCAAGUUGAUGCUGCCCCCUCACUUCAUACAACAGCUGCUGGAGUUUGUUCUGGCACUAAAGGAAGUCAACUCUGAGCUGGUCAUAAACGCUGCCAAAUUGAGCAAGGGAGGAGUUCAAGCUAUCACUAGCAAGGCAUGGGACAAGUACCUGACCAUAGACGUGGCAGCCCACGCCCCAGUCCUCAUUCUGCCGGUCUCCGAUACCUCGUCCCAGGCCUUCAUGGUGGACCUGGGCUCCGUCUCCGUCAGGAACAUGCUCCUCCCACUGGACGAGGGGGCGGGGGUCGAGGCUUACGGGAUAAACCUGGACUCUCUCAAGGCCUCGAGGGUCCUGAUCGACGUGGAGGGAGACUACAAGGUCCUGUGUGAACGAGUGUUGUUCCAGCCGUUCCACAUCCAGCUGGCUCUGGAGAGGAAUCUCUGCAGUGCCUGGUACUCUGAGAGACCCACCCUCUCACUCAACUGCCAGAUGGGAGAGUUCAAGUUGCUGGUGGGGCAGGAGGACCUGCAACAACUGGUGGCUCUUGGGAAGAACUUUGGAAAAAGUCUCUCCGGUGUCAUUGAGAAAGGUGGGAGUGGAGGGUCGGAGGUGGGAGGAGCAAUAAUGGAGGGACUAACGGCAGGCGAGGAGGAGAGGAGGGGAGAGAGGGAGGGACGGGACAAGAAGGUCACUGACAUGGUCAAGGUGUCCUCUUCUCUCAAUUUCUUUGAACUGAAGCUCUUCAAAGACGAGCCACCUCUGAGUGCUAGUAACCCUGACUCAGUGGUGGUGAGAGAUAGCUACAGUCUGGCCAGUCUCCAGCUGCUGCAGAUGCAACUAGGUGUGACGGUACUCUCUAACGAGGAGGUGGAGCUUCAGGCCAGCCUCAAGGACAUGGUGCUCUGCGAUCAGCAGCCCGACCAGCAGCAGAAGAAAACUGGGACCCGCGUGGUCCAGCACUACACCAGCAAUCCUCUGCUGCCGUACACGGGCAAGUUGGACACACCUCUUGUCAAGAUAUCCUACCUCCUCAGGGACGGCCAGCACAUCGUGAUACUGAAAGCGGAGAAUAUUCUGGUUUUGAGCGACAUCCAAUUCCUCACAACACUGUCAAACCACUUUCAGGCUAUUUUGGGAAAGGACGAUGCGCAGAUGUCCCUAUCGGAGAGCUCAGUUGAAUCCAGCAUCAUGUCAGUUGGCUCGCCUGUGAUUGAGAAAGGAGGAGAGCUGGAUCGACCGACACCUGCCAAGAAGAUGCCGAUACUCAAAGUGGAGGCCAGUUUCUCUAACAUCAGGGUGGCCAUUGUGGAAGAUGUGGAGGACCCUCAGGCUCUAACCCUCAGGCUGAAGACUGCCUAUAUCCAUCUGGGACUGACUGAGAGUGCCAAAACGGCAUCCGUCAACGUUGCUGAGAUCAGUAUCGCAGCCAGCACUUUCUUCGACCUGGACCACGUCAGCAAAUGGAUCCUAUUCCCUUGCUCUCUCAGCCUGACCAUGUCUGGUCCUGUGGACAAGCCUGCAAUGGACAUCAAUGGAUCUGUCGAGGCCGUAACUCUAGCCCUCUCUCCCUCCAUUGUCCGUCUCACUCAUCCACGCCAUCACGAGCCUCAUUCCUCAAAAGAAGAUUCAGAAGCAGGUAGCUCCUCCCAAUCUCUGGGGGAAGAAGAGGAUCGAAGGACAGCGUUUCUGGUUUCUCAAACCAGCUCCACUGUACAAGACACAGGUGGAAAAAGUUGCAGAGACAGCAAGAAAAGGAGAAAUGCUGUCAAUGAGAGUUGAGAGUGCGUCGAGGUGAUAUUGGAGAGCGAAGGAACUGCCCGGACUCGAGGGUACCCCAUUCUUGCCGUCAAUGUUUCAGCAGACGCCCACGUCUCAGAAUGGACUGGAGACCUGAAUGUGAAAGCCAAGGUACGCUGCGAGGCGUCCUACUACAACGAGAAGCUGUCGAUGUGGGAACCACUGCUGGAGCCUCUGGAGGACCUUGACACUGGGAGACUGCAGCCGUGGUGCCUCACAGCUGAGGUUACGAAGAGGGCUCCUGACAAGACGGCAGUGGGUGAGGACGAGGCAGAGGACACCGGUGGAGGAGAGGCCAACCUCUCUGUGAGCCUCUCUGCCAAGACUCCUCUCCAACUCACCCUCACCAAGACCUCUCUGGAACUACUCAAGUCCCUCGUCAAGGCCUAUACAAAGGAGUAUGAGAGGAAGCUGGGUAUCAGUGCUGACGUAAAGACUCUAACUGGAGCCCCCUUCACUAUCAUCAAUAAGCUCGGUGGUUCUGUUUCUGCCUUUGUCCAGCCUGGAACAACUCUUAAGCUGAGGGAGAGAAAAGACAGCGUCAAGUUGGGGAUGAACGAAUCGGCUGAUCUCUGGUUCGCGAGGGAGACAGGUAGCAAGUCCUAUGCUUCUCUCCUCGUCAAGCCUGGAGAAGAAGAACAUGUAGUCAACCUUGCUGUUGGGAACUUCAAGCCUCUGGGUGGAGUUGUCAUCAACAAUCCUGGCUGCUUCUACUUUCCCCUGGAGCUCAAGAAGCCGUCCCCCAAGCCGGUUCACUAUGGAGUGGUGAUAGAUGUUGCAGUUACGGGGACAAGAAGACGGUCACCAUUCGCUCGCCUGUCCAGUUCCAGAACCAUCUCCAGAUCAAUGUUGAUAUUCUGGCUGCACCGGAGAUGUCGCGAGACAAGAGGUCAAAGGUGGCCACCGUACCAGCCGACGAGAGUUUCCCGGUUCCCAUAGAGAUGUCCCAGCAACACGUCUUCUACGUGGUGCCUGCUGAAGUUGGGCUGGAUCCGCUGGGACCUCCGAUCGCCUGGUUUCAACGACCUGGUGGGAGGUACGUCGACUCCCGCUGCGCUGUUCCCGGUGAUUCCGAGCCGUGCCACUUCAUUAGAGUUCUCUACGAGGAAGAGACCUACGGAAGCCGCCGAGAGCUACCGACCGAAGAUUUCGCUCACCACAUCUUCCACCUCCAUCCCCCUCUCCUCCUCCAAAACCUCCUCCCGUUCACCAUCAGCGCCGGAGACAUAGGAGUGAACUGGUCUACUUGUCCCAUAAAGCCAGGAGAAUUUAUACAUUGCCACGGAAUCGCACCUGACCGGGAGCCACACGUUACCAUCUCUGUGUCUCUGCCGCAGGAGGACAGUCUAAUGGGGAAGCUGCGGCUGGUCAAGAACCCCAAGAAAUACUCCGAAUUUGCAGUCUCCUCCAACAACACGUCUGUCGUGAGUUCUGCGUGACAAUUUGCAGCCAAAACUGCACCAGGGUCAAACUGUAGGCAACAAUCACAAACAUCUACCAUUUAUCUUCUCUCAAAGCUGUAUAUAUACAUUCACAUGCAUAGUCGGCACACACUCUAAUGAUGCUGUGUGAGUUCACAAAACUGUUUCAUAUUUCACUUUCAGCUUUUCAAUCAUAAAACUAUGGUUUGUGUGCAGGUGUUGAAUGUGUUGACGGAUGACCUUGGCUACCACAAAGUGAGCAUUUUCAGUCCCUACUGGAUGACCAACAAGACUGGACGAGACAUUGAAUAUCUGGUUGACGGGAAAGCUAUCAAGCAUCCAUCGAGCAAAUCUCUCAUUCUUCUCUCCACCAGUAACCCCAAGAACAAUAUCCAAAUUAGGACCAGGACAAACGCCGGCAAGCUGACUGACUGGACUCUCAAGUUCUCUCUGAAUGCCGUGGGCACCAGUGGAAACUUUCCCGCUCGCUAUGGACAAGAACUCUACAUUUUUGGAGUGGAGGCCCAUCUAUCCCAGUUCACACUUACAAAGAUUGUCAACAUUUCUCCUUACUACAUGUUGGUCAAUGAAACUGAGACUGACCUGUACGUGGCCGAAACUGCCGAUCCCCACAAUAUAAUACUGCUACCACCAGGAGAGCUGGUCCCGUUCUGGCCUGUGACCGACGGAAGUAAGCUGAGACUCACUCCGGGACUUGGGAAGGAGGCCGUGGUCUUCAACUACAAGAGACCAGACACUGUCUGUCUCAAACUUAAUGAUGAGAUACAGGUAGUGUGUGUGGAUAUCCAGGAAUCAGAGUCGGCCAUUAUCACCAGCUUCACUCCCUACUACCCUGGCUGCGUGCCUGUACAGAUCAUAAACCACUUCCCUGAUGUCACCAUUCAGUUCAUGCAGGAUGCCAAGCAGUCCAAGGGAACGAUAUACACUCUGGAGCCUGGAGAGACCGUGUUCUACACGUGGGACCACCCCAACGACCGGCGGGCUCUUCGCUGGGGACUCCUCAGCCUCAGAGUCAAAGAUCCAAAACACAUCUUUGUCGACAAGAAUGACCAGCAGAUGUUCCGUAUUCGAUCUGGAGACUCUUCCUCGGCCGCUGGCUCCUCGACCUUCUGGAUGGAUGACAACUGGGUGGACGUGGAUGAGAACUUCUCCGAGAGACUGGUCUCCCCCGACGACAGUAACAGUGACACGUCGAGUAUCAGCUCCGCGUCCACCUCAAGAGGAGACGGGGUCGUGGGUGCAGUUGAGGGUCGCUCUGCCUCUCGAGCCUACUGGAAGUCCUUCAUCAGUGGCAUCCAGCGGGUCGUCCUGUUCACACCGUUCCUGGAGACUGUUGACAGGAUCAAGGUCGUGGGGUCGUACUCGAGACCCCAGGUGGAGGUCUUGCUGGGGCUGAGUGCCGUGGGGCUGUCGCUGGUGGACAACAGCAAGAAGAGGGAACUGGCUUAUAUCGCCAUCACACAGUCAGGGGUCAUCUGGCAGGUGGAGAAAGUCAACGCAGAAGAAGUGGAAGUACUCUCAAGACAAACAUUAAAACCUACCGCCUAGAAGAGCCCACUGGCAAGAUAAGCAAACUAGACGUCAAAUACAAGAAUGUUUCUGCGGACCGCACGAUUGAUGAUAGCUGUAUAGUCCGGUGAGGGCAAGCGGUACGCAGGGACUACGCCACGGUACGAGUCGAUCGUCAGUUCGCCAGUGAGCGAUGGAAACAUGACUACUCCGUGGACGCUAUAGUAGUAUGCUGACAGUCAGGGGGAGCAACAACUCCGUUUUCUGGGUCAUAACCCUCAAGUGCUGUAUCCUCUACCACCGCCUCCAACUGUGGCCUCUGAAACUG